AUGCUCUGCUUCGUGAAACGGCUGCUCGCCCGGCUUGUGGAUGGCAUCUCUCGGGUGGGACGUCCCGGCAAGCGACGACUCUACGUUGCCGUCUACGACGUCGGCUUCACCCAAAGUCGGACAAACUCGGGCAUCGAUCCGGCGACCGAAUGCCCCAUCAGACACAUGAAUGCUCCUCGUGCCCAGUAUCACUGGGAUCUGAUGGUAGGGCCCAAGAAGGAAAGGCGAGAACCGGUGGCCGGGCUCCGCUUUCGUGUCUCCUUCAGCAAGACUCGAGGGUGGUUCUAUACGGAAAAGACGGUGACCGACGUCCGGACGCCGUACAAGAUGCUCGUCCGCCUGCUCGUCGGCAAGAUUGAAGACAUGGAUCGACUGGUGACGAUGACGAGAACGACGCCGAUUCCGCAAAACGAUCCGUACUUUCGCAGCUACGACUGGGUCGCCACAGUCUUGGAGAGGGUGGAUGCGGACGGCACCGUCGUGGGCGAUGCUGUUCUCGACUGGGAGACGAUUGAGAUGACGGCCAGACGCUUCAUCGAGACGAAGGCGCUGCAGGGACGAUUUGGCAGAGAAGCCUUGGGUCUGCCACAGCCAAUGUGGUCGAUGCUCGAGGACAGGGAGGUUCUUCCUUAG